AUGUGCGGCUGGGCCCUGGCUGGUCUCACCGCCACGCUUCUCUGCCUGCACAGCUGCCGGCCAGGUCCUGCCCGCGCUCUGCGGGCAGCCUGGGUGUUUUCAGUUGUUCUUGGACUGGGCCGAAGUGAACACAACCGAUGUGUGGACUCCAAUGCAGCAUCAUGCACCAAGUGCCUGGCGCUGGGUCCGGAAUGUGGCUGGUGUGCGCAAGAGGUUUUCAUUUCUGGUGGAUCAAGGAGUGAACGUUGUGAUAUUGUUCCGAACUUAAUAAGCAAAGGCUGCUCAGUUGACUCAAUAGAAUACCCAUCUGUGCAUGUAAUGCCAAGUGAAAAUGAAAUUAAUACCCAGGUGACACCAGGAGAAAUAUCGAUCCAGCUUCGUCCAGGUGCGGAGGCUAAUUUCAUGUUGAAAAUUCAUCCUCUAAAGAAAUACCCUGUGGAUCUUUAUUAUCUAGUGGAUGUCUCCGCAUCGAUGCACAAUAAUAUAGAAAAAUUAAACUCUGUUGGAAAUGACUUGUCUAGAACAAUGUCACUCUUCUCCCAUGAUUUCCGCCUUGGCUUCGGCUCCUAUGUGGAUAAGACCGUUUCACCCUACAUUAGCAUCCACCCCGAAAGGAUCCAUAAUCAGUGCAGUGACUAUAAUUUAGACUGCAUGCCUCCCCACGGGUACAUCCAUGUGCUGUCUUUGACGGAGAACAUCACUGAGUUUGAAAAGGCCGUUCACAGACAGAAGAUCUCUGGGAAUAUAGAUACACCGGAAGGAGGUUUUGAUGCCAUGCUUCAGGCAGCAGUCUGUGAGAGUCAUAUUGGAUGGCGAAAAGAAGCUAAAAGGUUGCUGCUGGUGAUGACAGAUCAGACAUCUCAUCUUGCUCUUGACAGCAAAUUGGCAGGCGUGGUGGUGCCGAAUGAUGGGAACUGCCACCUGAAAAACAACGUCUAUGUCAAGUCCACAAGCAUGGAACAUCCCUCUCUAGGCCAACUUUCAGAAAAAUUAAUAGACAACAAUAUCAAUGUCAUUUUUGCAGUUCAAGGGAGCCAGUUUCAUUGGUAUAAGGAUCUUCUACCACUCUUGCCUGGCACCAUUGCUGGUCAAAUAGAAUCAAAUGCUGCAAACCUCAAUUCUUUGGUGGUGGAAGCCUAUAAGAAACUCAUUUCAGAAGUAAAAGUUCAGCUGGAAAACCAGGUCCGAGGCGUCUCUUUCAACAUUACUGCCAUCUGUCCAGAUGGGUCAAGAAAGCCAGGAGUGGACGGUUGCAAAAAUGUGACAAACAGUGACGAAGUUCUUUUCAGUGUAACGGUCACAAUGGAAAAAUGUGAUGUCACCGGAGGAAAAAGCUAUGCAAUUAUCAAGCCUAUCGGUUUCAAUGAAACCACUACAGUUCAUAUCCAUAGAAACUGCAGCUGUCGGUGUGCUGACAGCAGAGACCCUGGAGGAACGUGUGUAGAUGAAACUCUUUUGGACGCUGCUAACUGUUUCCAGUGUGAGGACAGUGCAUGCCAUUCAGACGGAGAUCCGUCUUCUUCUGAGAGCUGCAAGGCACACAAGGAGCAACCUGUCUGCAGCGGUCGAGGCGUUUGUAUUUGUGGAAGGUGUUUCUGUCACGAAACCAAGCUGGGAAAAGUAUAUGGGAAGUACUGCGAAAAGGAUGACUUUUCUUGCCCGUAUCACCAAGGACAUCUAUGUGCUGGUCAUGGAGAGUGUGAGGCUGGUAGGUGCCAGUGCGACAGUGGCUGGGAAGGAGACUGGUGCCAGUGCCCGUCACCAUCAGUCCAACACUGUACCAACGCAAAGGGCCAAGUGUGCAGUGGGCGAGGCACCUGUGUGUGUGGCAGGUGCGAGUGCACGGAUCCCAUGAGCAUCGGGCGUUUCUGUGAACACUGCCCCACCUGCAACACAGCCUGCGAUGAAAACUGGAAUUGUGUGCCGUGCCUUCACCCUCACAACCUCUCUCAAGCGCUGCUGGAGCAGUGCCAAGCCUCAUGUGCUCGCGCAGAACAGCAGUCUACGGACCAAACAUCAGAAUGCUUCUCUAGCCCAAGCUACUUGAGGAUAUUUUUCAUCAUCUUUAUAGUAACAUUCUUGAUUGGCUUGCUUAAAGUCCUCAUUAUUAGACAGGUGAUACUGCAGUGGAAUAGCCAUCAAAUUAAGUCUUCGGUAGAUUAUAGAGGGCCAAUCUCAAAAAAGGAUAAGUUGAUUCUGCAUAGUGUUUGCACAAGAGCUGUAACCUACCAGCGUGAGAAGCCUGAAGAAAUAAAAAUAGAUUUCAGCAAGCUAAAUCCUCAUGAAACUUUCAGGUGCAACUACUAAAGAAGAUUUUUUUUAAAAGUACUUUGUGAGAAACUGGACUUUUACUAAUUGCUCCUAAAAUAGAUAAUUUUAGAAGUCACAAGAGGAGCCAAGAUGGUCAAGGUCAGGCCAGUUGCUGGGUGCCAGCUCGAUUGAACACUGACCGCAUCUCAUCCUCCCGUGACUUCCAGAGCUGCUGAAAUUUUCAGAGAAAAAUGUGUCUUACUACUGUUUGAGACUAGUGUCGUUGUAGCACUUUACUGUGAUCUAUAACUUAUUUAGAUCUGCAUAGAAUGUAGAGCAUCCGAAGAGCACUGAUUACACUUUACAGGCACCUGCCGUUCCUGCUUCCUGGAGAGACGGUGUUGUGAAAGGUCCGCAUUGUGUCACUACAAGGGUACAAUAGUUCCUGCACUGAACAUGUGCAUAACAGUCAGUUAGACUAAUUUUGCCAAACACUUCAGCAACUGGCAGCGCACAGACAAGUGGAGCUAGAUGAAUAAAUGGGGAGUGUUUCACAUGUUCAAGAGGUGGACAGAGAAUCUUAAUCUCACAGUGAGGGAUAUUGCUUUUGAACCUGUAGUUUUAUGCAUGUGUGUUUAUGUGGGAUUUUCUUCUUUUUUCUCAUAAGAUGGAUACUAAAUCCAGCCUUCUUUCCUCUUUAUACUUUCUGUUUGUUGUUUCUUUCAGGAUACGUUUAUGUGUGUCACAGAUGACUGGACUCUAAGUGCUAAGUUACUACUGCCAUAAAAAAUCUAAUAAUAUAAUGUCACUUUAUUAGAAUGCUGUUGUUGAAAGCUGAAUGUUGAAUAAGGGACACUGUAAUGUAGCAUAACACCUGCAUAGUUUCAUUGUUUGAGGAUGUGGAGUUUUGUAUCUUCUUACCUGGGAAACUGGAUAGAUUAUUAACCAGUUCACGUAGCGACUCGGUGCAUCGGAAUGCACAAGGUGUGGAGACACUCUGCCAUCAAGCAGUCGCCCACUUGGAAUGAAUGUUCUUAGAUUUUUCACUCGAAGUAAAUGUCAACAUUUUUCUAAUUAAAAGCUAUGUAAUGUGUUUCCCCUCCAAUGCAGCCUGAUAAUAUGUCCCUCAUUUAGCCCAUCUCACCAGCAUCCAUAGCAGUAUGAAACGGAAGAUGGUACAAGAUACUUUAUAAAUUGGCUAAUUCAGCCUUGUGGUUAGAGAACGGAGGCUCAGAAAGUUCAAAUGGUUUCGCCAAAAACACCAACCUGGUCGGUUGCAGCCUUAGAAAAGCACAUCUAUUUAGAACAGUGUUCGUUGCACAAUAUCAUGCUACCUCUUGGAUCUUCAAAACCUUCCGCUGGACAAGUAUUUUCAAAGGGAAUUUACCAAUAUCUGAAGUACGUGAGCAUUUGAAAAUUUCAGAACAAAGUAGAAAAGCGUCUUUCCAGCUGAAUAGCCCAUCACCCACUUCCAGGCUUUCAUGAGAGUCCGGACCACAGCCUGGCACCACUCCAAGGGAAGCUACUCACACCUUAGCUGUUGACCAGCAUCCCUAGGACUUUCCAUGGAGUGGUGCAGUGUUCAACUGUCAGACUGAACAGAAGCAGGAAGUUCCCGAGUCUUGUUCAGUUGAAAGUCUUUCCCAUGAAUCAAUCUAUGUGGACAGAGUAGAUCUGACAUCAGGCACCACCAGAGAGAGGCUGUGUGCACUAGAGAGCUGUGCCUAUGGUAACAAAGGAAUUUAUUCAAAAUCUCUUCUCCUACCCUAGAUUUGCUGUCUUGUAGCACUUGUGCAGAUCAGAGAGCUAGGAAAUUUGCAAUUUAAUGAAGACUAGCACCCACUCCAUAUUCUACCAUAAAGAGGAGCGAAAAGCUUCUAGUAGUAUGUUUUGGAGCCAACAAACAGAAAAAGUUCCCACGCCAACAAUUAUAAAUCUAAAUUGAACAGCAUUUCCUUGGUGAAACGAGAGUGGGGACAUUGCUGUGAUUCCGUACUGUGCCUCGCUUAUGUAAGAAGGCUUCGAUCACCCAGGAUAAGGCAGAAAUCCCCAUUUGCAGCCUGCCUGUCACACAUCACAGCAUUUUAAAAAGUAAAACUAAAGGCAUGUCUGAAAACCUCUGUAAAAGGGAAAAUUAGAAGAUAGCUAGUCAUUGAAAUGCUCACAGUUUCUAAAUUGCGCAUUACCGUGUUUGUAAAAUAACUUUUAUUCAAAAGAGCAUAAAAUAAUGAAACGCUGAGAAAUCAAGGUGUUCGCUUUUGACACCACAUUCAUUUGCACUGGCAUUGUACCAGGCAAAGCUGGUACUUAAAAAAUCACCUUCCCUGAUAUGCAGUUCAGAGCUAGAUUGUGAUGGUAGAUAUGUCUGUCAUGUCUUGUGCUUCUCUUUUUACUUAGAGAUCUAAUUAUUAAAGACUUUAGUGCUGUUAUUUUACUUGAAUCAUUACUGGUUUCCUGUAUAAUGGUUUUGUAAGAUGAGAAUUAAUAUUGGCCUAGUUAGAAUUAAUUUAAAAAAGGGGGAAACAGGGUAUUCUUAGGUUAAGUAAUGUAUGUAAAUAAUGCCUGUUUGAACUAAUAUAGCAAGAGAAGGCUUUUGCGAUUCAUGGAUAUCAAGUACAAUUAAUGAAAUUUUAAAUUACUAACAAAAUUAAGAACUUGAAUAAUACUUUUAGUAGGCAGUAUUUUUUGUGCCCUUAAAUAUAUAAUGAUACAGAAAUGUGUCAAAUAUACACUACAAUGUAGCUAAACAUUUUAUUUCUCUGGCUACAUAUUUAUACUUCAGCACAUGUCGAGUUAUAAACAUUUACAUAAUCUUUGGAAAUUAUUCAUACUCAUUGGGUCAUAGACAUUCACGAGAAGACUCAAAAGUCCACUGAGGAUCUGGUUAUAUCAUAAGUGUUCAUCUUUGGUUUAUAAAAAUGUUACACCCCCGCCCUAAAAAAAUCUAAAGUUAAGCCAAACAUUUUUAAAAUUAGGGAAUACCUCACAAAUAUGUCAGUUCACCAAAGUAUAAAUUCCAAACACGUUUAUAAUGCUUGCUUAACCCCUACUGAAAUACUUAGAUGUGUGACAUCAGGCAACCUGAAUUAUGGCUUUCUUAGUCUAAAAUUUUCUCUCCUGGUAGUUAUGUUUUUCUUUAAUUUCUCACGGUACUCGUUAGACUCGGUAAGAUUUGCUGUGAACAUUCCUUCCUUUCCUUAUACCUGUUUUUACGUUUGUGUAACCCAAGAGACUGCCCUAAAGCUUCAAGCUCAAUAAGCCAAAUUGUGAAAAAGAGUUGAAUGUAAGGGUACGAGGGAGUUGCUUAUUUUCAAACAUCAUGUGUUAAUGCUAAGACUCGUUUGACUCUGUGCUCCUGAACAAAGACAAACCAAGGACAUCUACAUUUUCACCACUGUUAGAAUUUCUUUCCAUGUUGAACAACUUGAGAUAAAUAAGAAAGUCUCAAGUGAAAUUCAGCUUCUUGGGUAUUCAUUUUAUCAUGUGCAUAUUUGUGCCUCGUGCAUUUUAUUUUAUUCUUAAUAUUUAACUUAAGACUAUUCUAUAUCAUUACUAACCUUAAUAACGAUAAAGAUGCAAACUGAUAUACUUUUUCAAAGAAAUAUGGAACUAGAAUUUUUUCAAAUUAUUUCUCUUUUAUAAUUUUUUAUUAUAUAUGUAUUAUGUGAACUUAAUUAUCCAUACCCAUAUUCAUAGUUCCUUGAUUCUGAGACACCCUUUUCAGUUUAACCUCUCUGAAAUUGUGAUCUACCUUGCAAUUGUUGACAUCUUAACUGGGAUAUUUAAAGUUUUGCAUGAAUUAAUAGUACCCUAAUUCAACUGUAGACCCAUGGACAUAGGCAUGGGGGUAUUUCUUAUACAUAUUUGAGAAUCCAUUUAUGACAACAGGGGAAGCCAAUUUUCAGUGCAGCUAACUCACAAACAAUGUAAAACGGGGCCUGGCAGUCGCGUGAGCUCAGAUCCUGCUGAUUUGGGAGUGUCAAAGCUCUUCUCCACUCCUGGUGAUACUUUAAGCUAAUGGCUAUGGUUUUCACAAACCUUAAGUUAACCAACAGGAAUAGAUCAUUUCUAGCACUAUUUUUUCUUUCCAUUCCUUCCUAAGGAGCUGUUGUAUAUGAUCAUCUCACUUUUAAAGAGAAAAACUGGAAACAAUAUUACAGAAAACCAUCAUAAUUAGAUAUCACAGCAUCUUAAUCUGUUUUAUGUCGGUGACAGGAGAAAAUUGUACAACCAAUCUGUGCUGUGGAAAACAACUUUUCUCUCAGAUCUUCUACUUCUGUCAUUUUACUUUUCUAUGACUUCCGUUCUCUCAUUUGAGUUUCUCUUGACUGAUAAAUUUCCCUUCGAUCUUACGUAUGGCUGUUUCAUAAUGCAUAUUUAAUUUUUUAAUAGACGUGAUAAUAUUAUUCAACCACCUGGACAGCUGUUAAUGAAAUAUCUGAGAGUAAAAACACUACUCUUUUAUCUACCUGGAAUACUUUUUUGCAUAAAAUUUACCUUAGUAAGCUAACUUUGUUAAUCAGGUUUGUAGCCUCCACAAUCAAUUUCUGAACGUGAAAAUAUCUUACCACAAUAAAUGUACCAUUAAAAUCUGUAUGGAUGGAAAACAUGUGAGUUGUGUAAAAUAGAUUUUGACUUUACACAGUUCCACAGAUAUAUGAGAUUUUGAUUAAAAAUACAGACCAAUAUGUAGAUUAUAUUAAGAAGAGUAAAUAUAAAAUAUUUUCAUCUAAAUUACCUGAAUAAUAAAUUUGUGCACACUAAUACUGAAAUUUAUUUUGAGUACAUUUUAAAAAUGUUUAUGAUCAUUUGGUAUUUACCUCUUCUUUAAAGUUUUUAAACUUCUGCAAAAUAAAUAAAUGUUUUAAAAUGAUUAGCGACAUAACUUUAUGUGGUUUCAUGUACUUCAUUUGUAAAAAUAAAUUUAGUAUAGUGGAUUUUUAAAUUAAAAUAUUUGAAUAUAAAAUAGCUCUUAAAAAGAACCAAAUCAUCAUUAAACAGAUUUCUUAUUAUUUCAGGCUUUGACGUGUACAUAAAGUUAAAUUACCUUAAAUAAUAUGGAAAAAUUGAUGAAUAUGAUCAUUUCAAAUAACAUACUAUGAACCUUUACCUAUAACUCUUGACUACUAACUUCUGUUUGAUGUAUUUAUUAAAGAGCUGACACUGUAGUUUGUUGUGAGAUGUUUAUUUUUCUAACAGAGCUUAUAACAGUUAUGACAAAGCAUUUAAUUAAUGCAUCAUUCUGUUUAAAAGUAGGUGUUAAUCAAUAUGAAAUGCAACGUUUUGAAAUAAAAAUGUAAAGAUUAAA